AUGUCUCAUGGAAAAUGGACACCCGAGAACUUUGGCUGGAUUGCCGUCCCAAGGAAUCGCUCCAACGUCCCGUCUGCUGAGGAUGUUAAAGAGAUGAACAAUGAUUCCUACUCAGACCCCAUGGACGCCUGGCCUGUAACCGAUGUGACCGACAAAGCGCGCAAGUAUGCACAGGAGCAUCUAAGCAAGGAGACCUACAAUCACAGCAUGAGGGUAUUCUGCUACGGUAUCUACAUCAUCCAACAUUACUUCCCGGAAUACCAUUCAAGUGCCUUCUUCGAAACCUGGGCACUGACCUGCCUGUUCCACGACAUCGGCACGACCGACGGAAACAUGUCGAACACGCACAUGUCCUUCGAGUUCCAAGGCGGUCUCCUCGCUUUGACAAAGUUGCAGGAGUUCGGCGCUCCCCAAAUCCAAGCUGAGAGCGUUGCAGAGGCCAUCAUCCGCCACCAGGAUCCCGGUGAGACAGGCACGGUCAGUGCAAUGGUGCAGAUGAUUCAGAUUGCUACUGAGUUCGGUAAGCCAUAUUCCUGCUGUUGUUGA